CGUCACUCGAAUCUGAUUUGGGUCCCAGGGUUGAUGGGCUUCCACCUCAAGGCGUUUGUGGGUGCCAUCCAUAAGCUUGCUCCUUCCGCACCGUCCGUCCGCUCACGGGCACGAAGAUUGCACAUGGCGAGUCAGAAUUCACCAGAUUCUUUCGGCGCCAUCUUCGACAAGCAAACUGCCACUGCCAGUCCGAUUGAGGGCGCAGACGCGGUCAAGGUGGUCAGUUCUGACCAAGUUCCGGAACACACAGACCAGACCACUCCGUAUGGGAAUGAUAACCCCGGAGCACCAUCCGUAGCGAGUUCCCCGGCCAGCCCUUCGCACGACGCAAAUCCCCCUCUGUCCCCCCUGAACGAGUUAUCGCCAGUAGACUCCUCCCGCUCUGACUCUGACGAGAACGAAGACACCUACGACAUGCAGUAUGACACCGUCCGGAAUCUCCGUGUCAAGGGGUGGUCUCCGGAAGAGUCUCGCUGGACCACAAAAUACCACAAACACUCCCUCUCCGCUCUCCACAUCGACAUCGUCUCCUGGAACGUCGACUUCAUGGCGCCAGACACCGCAGGCCGCGUCGCCUGCAUCCUCGACCACCUCCGCAAGGCCGUCCUCACGGACGAGCCGCAGGCGACGGUGAUCCUGCUGCAGGAACUCGACGAGGCGAGCUUCGCGAAGAUCCUCGAGAACAGCUGGGUGCGGAAGUACUUCGCCGUCACCCCACCCACCACGCGGCGCUGGCAGGCGAGCUACGGCCUCGCCACACUCGUCUCGCGCCCGGCCUGGAUUGCGAAUGCGCAGAUGCUGCAGUUCAGCCACACGACGAUGGGCCGCGCAGCUCUGCUCGUUGACGUGUCGCUGUAUCCGCCCAGCGAUUGGCCGAACGGUCCGAACCAUGUCAUCCGUAUCGCGAACACCCACCUGGAGUCGCUCCCGAUGGGGGAGCGCGCUCGCCCGCUGCAGCUGCAGGCGAUCGCAGAUAUGCUGCGGGCACCAGGAGUGUUCGCUGGUGUCGUGGGAGGCGAUAUGAAUAUGAUCGGUCCUGCGGACCAACGCAUACACAUCGCCGCUGGAUUGCGUGAUGCAGGUAGCGAUGGACCCGAGUCAUUGACUUGGGGAUUCCAGCCCCCCUCGCGGUUCCCCCCUGGGAGACUGGAUCGCAUAUUCUACACCCCCUCCCCCGACUUCAUUGUGAAGCCCGUGAAGGUUAUUGGGAGGGGCCUCAAAACAAAACGUGGUCAAUGGGCGAGCGACCACCACGGUCUCUUGACCAGAAUUUGCCUACGACACGAUGACGAUGAUCCUGAGCUUGAUUACUAA